AAUACAUAUAAAUUAUUAUAGAUUUCAUGGCACAAAACUUGAAUGCCCCACUAGAAGUAAACUUACCUUAAUUGUUCUCAUAAACCAACUAUUCAUUACAAAAAUGGCAUGGAUGGAUCACUUGUUGACAUUAUCUUAAAUGAUAUGCCCCCCCUCCCCUUCUGUCUUCCUCUCAUGCAAACACAAACGUGUACAUACCUCCCACCUCCUCCGGUGGGAUCCCAGAGUGGAAGACAUCAUCAGGAGGUUGCAGGAGCCGGUCGCGUCAUCCCUGGAUGGGCGGCGCACUGAAGGGAGGACGGAGGGUGUUUCCCAGCAUUAAAAGCACCGGAGCCGGCCCCUCUGACAAACCGCGCUGCGUCAUCGACCUGGGGAGAAUCUUUAAAACCUUCAUUGGGGCGAAGGAGAGCCAAACUCACCUCAACCACAGCGCUCCAUCCGCAGCCGUUACCGUGCCAGCGCCGCUCUCCCGAUCCAUCCGUUCCCGUCUCAUUUGGCGUGCGCACCGUCCACCGGCGGUGCGUUUUCAAAAGUUGUACACUCGCUUUCUCCCUGUGACUCUCUCAACACUCUCGCCGCAUUAUGCAUUCUAUUUAACGGUGUAUGAGGUGAAAUCAGUUGUGCCGUGAACACAGCCACCGGGUGACGGCGUUGCUCGUUGGUGUCGCGCAGCCGGAGAAAGUUGCGCAUCGCUUGUUGAAUGCAGGAUACCUUCUGUGUGCGCGUCAAUUCCAAGUUCAGCUUUGGAGCAGCAGCCGGUAAGGAGCGGGGACUCCACACGCCUCUCACCUCUCUCGCCGUCGAUAUGAAGUCUGCAGAAGAAGAUGCAUACAGCUACACACCAAAUGUCAGCCUGUCCCUUCCGCUGGGUAUGGGGAACCCUUGUCUGGCCAACCAGUACCACACUUUGCAGACCAGUCCUAUCAUCUCAGUUUCUUCAUGCCACCAGACAGGCUACAGCCUCCAAAAUGACAACCACGCAGCAUCGGGCUAUUACCUGCCCCACGGUUUGAGACCCAACGGUGCCCCGGCCCUGGAAAGCCCUCGUAUCGAGAUCACAGCCUACAGCCAGUACCCAGAGGAUGAGGUAGAAGAGAGCUGCAGUGAGGACCACAUCAUCAAACGAGGAGUUAAUUCCAUCGUCACACUGACACUGCCCAAUGCAGACGGCUACCGUGAUCCCAGCUGCCUCAGCCCAGCAAGUAGCAUUUCCUCACGCAGCUGCAACUCCGAGGCAUCAUCCUACGAGUCUGGCUUCUACAACUAUGACAACUCCCCACAGAACUCCCCCUGGCAGUCUCCAUGCGUUUCUCCCCGAGGGUCGUCCUCGCUUCUCUCGUGUCCACAUGCCAGCGGCCCUGCAGGCUCCCCUCACCACUCACCCUCCACCUCCCCUCAGAUUGGAGCUAUGGCCGAUGAAGGCUGGCCAGCACAACCUCGUGGCUCAAGGCCAAACUCCCCUUCCUGCAGCGGAGGUGGCGGAGGCAGCAGCGGAGGCAUGGGGAAGAGAAAGUACAGCUUCAAUGGCAAUUCCUACCGUCAGACGACCUGCUCACCCAGCCAGUCGCCCGUCCCCUCUCCACAUGGCUCCCCCAGGGUUAGUGUCACAGACGAGAGCUGGCUGGCCAACACCAACCAGUACACCAACUCCGCCAUCGUCGCUGCCAUCAAUGCUCUGACCACAGACGGAGUGGUGGACAUGGGGGAGGGAAUUCCAAUCAAGACACGGAAGACGAUGCUGGACCACUCAGCAUCUAUGAGUUUGAAGGUUGAACCUGGUGGUGAGGAGCUGGGCCAUGAUGGGGAGCUCUGCCAUGAGGACUACCCCUCGCGCCUGGCCCUCAAGAAAGAGAACUACUGCGGAGGGUUCCUUGAUGUGCCACAGCAUCCAUACUCCUGGUCUAAACCCAAGCCUUACCUCAGCCAAUCCCUGCCAGCACUUGACUGGCAGCUUCCGUCCUGCUCUGGCCCGUACAACCUGCAGAUUGAGGUGCAGCCGAAGUCCCACCACAGGGCCCAUUACGAGACCGAGGGCAGCCGAGGAGCCGUGAAGGCGCUGUCUGGAGGACAUCCCGUAGUACAGCUUUAUGGGUACAUGGAAAGCGAGCCUCUCACCCUGCAGCUGUUCAUUGGGACCGCAGACGACCGCCUCCUGCGACCACAUGCCUUCUACCAGGUCCACCGCAUCACUGGCAAAACUGUCUCCACCGCCAGCCAUGAAGUCAUGCAAUCCAAUACCAAACUUCUGGAGAUCCCUCUACUGCCUGAAAAUAACAUGAGAGCCAUAAUUGACUGCGCAGGAAUCCUGAAGCUGCGUAACUCAGACAUCGAGCUUCGUAAAGGGGAGACGGACAUCGGACGCAAAAACACACGCGUGCGUUUGGUGUUUCGCGUACACAUCAACCAGCCCAACGGCAGGACAGUGUCCCUACAGGCUGCUUCAAACCCCAUUGAAUGCUCCCAGCGUUCGGCUCAAGAGCUUCCCUUGGUGGAGAAGCAGAGCGUGGACAGUUACCCCGCCACCGGGGGCAAAAUGAUGCUUCUCAGCGGCCUCAACUUCCUCCCGGAGUCCAAGGUGGUGUUUGUGGAGAAGGCCCAGGAUGGACAUCACCUGUGGGAGACAGAAGCCAAAGUUGACAAGGACUCCGUCAAAUCUAGUACUUUGGUUGUGGAGAUCCCACCGUACAGAAACCAGAGAAUAUCCAGCCCGGUCCAGGUUAACUUCUACGUCUGCAACGGAAAGAGGAAGAGGAGCCAAUACCAGCACUUCACCUACCUGCCCCCGAAUGUGCCGAUAAUAAAGACAGAACCUAAUGAUGAGUAUGACUCUCUGGGGAACGUGGGGCUGUCCUUGCAUUCAAAGCCCUACUACAGCCAGCCCAGGCUCACCCCCAUCAUGCCUGUGGCUGAUCCCGAUGCCUGCCUGGUCGGUGGCUACCCUCCCUGCCCGCCUCGCCACGCCGCCAUGCCACCGUCGUCCCCCAGCUCCAGCCCCACACUGCACGACCUGUCGCCCGUGGCGUAUAGCAAGUGCCUCCCCAACAGCCCCACCCACGCGGCGCCACUCGGACCGGUGAUAUCCCCCAUUCAGGAGACCCCAGGCCGCCCCAACCUCACUCACCCGCCGUCACCAGACCACAACUCUUCCCUGGGGAUGAUCCAAUCCCAAGGCAGCCCCAACCACCUCAACAGCCCGGGGCCACAUGGCUACCACGCCAUGUACGCCAACAGCAGCCCCUCGUCCUCCCCAGUGUCCCACCCUUCCACCCCUGGUGGACCUGCGGAGAGCCCGUUUGUUCAAGCCUACAGUCCAAGUCAGGGGCAGGCAGCGGCCAACUCAGCCCAGGUUGAAGGGAGCUCACCCAGCCUGCUACCCGAAGAUGCCAGCCCCCCCUCAAUGGCCAUCACCGUCAAGCAGGAGCCCCAGGAACUGGACCAGAUGUACCUAGAUGAUGUUAACGAGAUCAUCAGGAACGACCUCUCCAGCAUUUCUGUGCACACUCAUGCAUAGACGACCAGAAGUCUUCUGCAGCUGCGUGCACACACACACACACACACACACAGACACACACACGCACACAGACACGCACACACGCACAGACAUCAACAGCAGGAUAGAAGAGAGGAGAAAAGAAAAAGCUCGAGAUCCAGAUUAUGAAGAAUAAAAUUUUGACCAGGAUCUCCCACCGACCUGGACCCGUCCACCGUCACAGUCGUCCUCUCGCCAUUCGCUGCAGACUGACAUUGACAAUCACUGGCAAGUUCCGUUUGAAUAAACAGGUGAAUGUUAUCGAAAGAAAGAAAGAAGGAAGGAAAAAGAAAGUGAUAUCAGUGGCAAAGUAUACGACUACACUUGCCUUAAUUCACAGCAGAUGUUCUUUAGUGGACCAAACAGCUCAAUGAGACUGAAUUACUCUCCUACGCUUCAUUUCGAGUGCGACCCGUAUGUCAAGCAUGGACGAGCUCACGGGACGAUGAGUGUGGGGCUUCAUCGCGUUGGUUCAUUUGUUUGUGCCCGUCAGUCCACAACAACCGAAUCGGUGCCUUACAGCAGUGAUACUAACAGCACACGACAGCCACACAAAUGCAAAUGGUUCGUUGUAACCCAAAGUGGAAGUUUUUUAUAUGACCUUUUUGUAUCAUUUCAAUGAUUUGUUUACAGGGAAUCAGAAUAAAAGGCUGGAUCGUGUAAUGGGGGGCGGGAGGGUAUGUGAAUAGAUUAGAAUAGUAUUUUUCUUCUUCUUCCUUAUUAUUACCUUUGUUCAUUUAUACUGAAUGUUAUGUAUGAUAUUCUUUUGUAUAAACAUGUAUUUGAAAAUUUGUAUGCCUUAUGCUUAUAUCAUGCAGUUUAGCUUUCUUUCUUUUUUUAAACCUUUCCUUUUCCCUUAGUAUGAUUUCGUACCCUGUAUUAUGCUUUUCACCUUGGUGCCUAUUUCUUACCACCCUUUCCCGGUCUUCCAGUCCUCCACCCAGGUUGUAGCAUAACGAUGCAAGGACAAUCAGAGACAAUAUAUAUAGUACAUAUCCUAUGACAUCUGUUCCUGGUAUGCAGGGGCUUAUAAAGGCAGGUGUUGGAGUUUUCUUCCUCCCCACCUUUGAGAUAGUUGAACAAUGGUAUGCUUACCUGCUGAAUUUAAAGGAGAAUGUCCCCGGACAAUAUCAAUUUGUCUUUUACUUCUUGCACUGCAGGUUUGUAUGUAAAUAGGCACGGGGAUAAUCUUAAGUACACCACAGGAACAGUUUUACUGGGCGAUUUCACAGAGGAGUUGGCAGGACUGUUACUUUAACAGCUGGCAAUAAUUGAUCUCAGUAAACCAAAGGAUUUUAUCUUUGGUGAAAUUAUUGUCCGAGUUUCCUUUUUUUUUCACUGUCAGUGGUUCCCCUGUACAAAACAAAUAAUUAAUAAAAU